UUUGCUUCUCAGAAAAAUGGCUAAGCCAGCAAUAAUCUAAUCAAACGAAUCAUUUAGACGUCAUACUGUAGUUGUUAUCAACUAGUCGACUUUAGUUACAAAAUGACAAGCGUCGUCGAGUCGUACGGCCCGGUGACGGAAAGUUUGACCUUUCUCGAUCCAGAUGAAGGCGAUUUCUGCGCGGACACACAAGGAACAGACUACGAAUUCACGGAUUUCACGGCGCCGUCGCAAACACAAACUCAGACACUGACUCAAGACAUUUCAUCCGCUCUUAUCGAUGGGAUAAGUAAGGACGAAGGGAGACAAGAGAGUGGAUUGGAAACAAUGAUGAACGGCGUGAAGGGACUGAAUUUUGAGGAGAACGAAGACGAGGAAGGCGCUGAGUACACGAAGGAUCUUCCAGAAUACGCGUGUCGAUAUUGUGGCUUUCAUGACCCUUCAGCAGUCGUAUUCUGCCUUCAGUCGAAGAAAUGGUUUUGCAACGGACGUGGCAACACUUCAGGAAGCCACAUUGUUAAUCAUUUGGUGCGGUCGAGGGUAAAGGAGGUACAGCUGCACAGGGAUGGUCCAUUGGGUGACACUAUCUUGGAGUGUUACAACUGUGGCUGUCGUAAUGUCUUUCUUCUUGGCUAUGUGCCGGCGAAAGCAGAGUCUGUUGUCGUGCUGUUGUGCAGGCAGCCUUGUGCCAGCCAGAAUGUCAUGAAGGAUCAGAACUGGGAUUCUACACAAUGGCAACCGCUCAUCAGUGAUCGCUGCUUUCUACCUUGGCUUGUGAGAAUACCAACAGAGCAAGAACAACUGAGAGCUCGACAAGUCAGUGCUUCACAAAUUAAUAAGCUGGAAGAACUGUGGAAGGAAAAUCCAGAGGCUACAUUGGAGGAUCUUGACAAGCCGGGCAUUGAUGAGGAACCGCAGCAUGUUUUGUUGAGAUAUGAAGAUGCGUAUCAAUAUCAGAAUAUCUUUGGCCCAUUGGUCAAACUAGAAGCAGACUAUGACAAGAAGCUCAAGGAGUCUCAAACUCAAGACGGGAUUGUAGUGCGGUGGGAUAUUGGCUUGAAUAAGAAAGUGGUCGCUUGCUUCACGAUGCCUCCCAGUCAGACAGACAUGCGUCUCAUGGCUGGUGACGAACUCAGGCUUCGUCAGGUAGGAAACCAGUGGAAGGGUGUUGGUCAUGUCAUCAAAGUCCCAGCAGCAUUUGGUGAAGAAAUUCGUCUAGAAAUGCGGAGCAGUGUGGGAAUACCAAUGACAAACACACAUGGAUUUGCUGUAGAUUUUGUGUGGAAAUCAACAUCGUUUGACAGGAUGCAGAGUGGAAUGAAGACAUUUGCAGUGGAUGAGACGUCAGUCAGUGGCUACAUUUACCACAAGCUGUUGGGACACGAAGUCGAGGAACAUCCAAUAAAGUGUAUUUUGCCAAAGAGGUUUUCUGCUCCCAAUCUACCGGAGUUGAAUCAUUCUCAGGUCUACGCUGCCAAGAUAGUCUUACAGAGGCCUCUCAGUCUUAUCCAGGGACCUCCCGGCACAGGAAAGACCGUCACUUCAGCAACCAUCGUGUACCACCUUGCAAGGCAGAAGAUGGGGCAAGUGUUAGUCUGUGCACCGAGCAACAUUGCUGUUGACCAACUGACAGAGAAGAUCCACAAGACGGGCUUAAAGGUUGUGCGACUGUCAGCUAAAAGUCGAGAAGCUAUUGAUUCAGAAGUGUCAUUUCUGGCCUUGCAUAAUCAGAUCAAGAGCUGCCACGACACAUACCCGGAACUCAUCAAACUUCAACAGCUGAAAGACGAGCAAGGCGAGCUAUCGUCGUCCGAUGAGAAACGCUACAAAUCAUUAAAACGGCAAUGCGAACGCGAACUUCUAUCAAAUGCUGAUGUAAUUUGUUGUACUUGUGUGGGUGCUGGUGAUCCCCGGUUGGCAAAAUUUAAAUUUCGAAUGGUUCUUAUUGACGAGGCUACACAAGCCACUGAGCCUGAGUGUAUGAUUCCUAUUGUAAUGGGACCAAAACAGGUGAUUUUGGUUGGAGAUCAUUGUCAAUUGGGACCUGUUGUGAUGUGCAAGAAGGCGGCAAAUGCUGGUUUAUGCCAGUCAUUGUUUGAGCGUCUUGUUGUCUUGGGCAUUCACCCACUUCGUCUUCAAGUUCAAUAUCGUAUGCAUCCUUCACUCAGUGAAUUUUCAUCAAAUCUAUUUUAUGACGGAGAACUUCAGAAUGGCGUAACACAAGCUGAUCGGCUGCGAACUGAAGGCGACUUGCCAUGGCCGACUCCUGAGCAUCCCAUGUUUUUCUGGUCCACCAGUGGACAGGAAGAAAUAUCUACAUCAGGGACGUCGUACUUGAACAGAGCUGAAGCAGCAAAUGUUGAGAAAAUUAUCACACGAUUUCUGAAGUGUGGCAUUAGCCCAGCACAAAUAGGCAUCAUCACACCGUAUGAAGGACAACGGUCCUAUGUUGUUCAAUACAUGCAAUUUAAUGGACAGCUGAACUCAAAACUUUAUCAGGAUGUCGAAGUCGCAAGUGUUGAUGCAUUUCAAGGUCGAGAGAAAGACUAUAUUAUUCUAAGUUGUGUUCGAUCUAAUGAGCAUCAGGGCAUUGGAUUCUUAAACGAUCCAAGACGUCUUAAUGUUGCUCUAACACGAGCCAAGUAUGGCAUCACUAUUGUUGGGAAUCCUAAAGUUUUGUCGAAGCAAGAACUAUGGCAGCAUCUUCUUGUGCACUAUCAGCAGUGCCAUUGCUUGGUGGAAGGUCCACUCAACAACUUAAAAGAGAACACAAUGAAGUUUCCAAAGCCACGCAAGAUGAUUAAUCGACACAAUCCAGGAGCCAGCUUUAUGACUCGUGGUAUGUUUGGUGCAUACGAGUUUAUGUCCGGUCGUCGCUAUGAUGCACCCAGAGAGAGCAUGGAUACAAUGUAUCGCGAGAGUUACUACCACACUCAUGAUCAUAUGAGUUACAUUGGAGCCGAUCGGACAGCAGCAGCAGCUGCAGCUGGUCUCAAUGUUCCUGUUGGUAUGUUUAUUCCAGCGCCGCCUCAAGCUGCUCAACAGUUUCUGGGUCAGUCGAUGGGCAGACCCGCACUGAGUGGACUGCCUGGUGUGGCAUACUCUCAGCACAUGCCUGUUGUGAAUGCCAGUCAGGACAUGUCACAGCCGUACUCACAGCCGUUAGUGCCGGGUGGUUUGAGUCAGCCGUCUCAGUUGACUCAGCCUCUUUCACAGCCAGAUUUGUCGCAGGACUACAUGGAUGAAUUCAAAUCACAGCCAGACAUGCUAUCUCAAGACUCCGAAUAUCACAGUGGACAAACCUCCCAAGAUUCAGUCCAUGCCCUCUACUCCAGAUAGUUCAUUGAAAAUCAACACGAAGAUAGCAGGCAUAGAAGAGGGAGAGAGAAAGAGAGACAACAACAGAACUGAAGAGUCACUAUGACCUGCUGUCUGAAGGAAAUGAUCAAUGAUGAUGUUUGGAGUUAUGGGAACCUGAUUGGCAUUGCUGGACUGCUGAGAGUAUGGAUUCAGAGGACAGGCUCUUUGCUCAUUUAUUCACAUCCGAGGUUCACAGUGUGGUUAUGGCUUUAAGAUAUAUUGUAGGUCUGUCUUGCCGCUUUUCUUGUAAUGCGAACAUCACUUCGGAAAUAUAACAACUUGAUGUUUACUGA